AUGCGCCGGGAGCUGCAGGUGCGGGACGCGGAGGCUGGGCCCCGGCGGGGAACGGGUUACUCGGACGGGGCCUCCUGGGCGGACGGAGUCGGAAUCCCACGAGAGCCAGAGGGUCGCCUGCGGCCACAAGUGCCCGCUCAGCCAUCUGCCGAGUCCGGGGGCGCGCGCGGCAUUUGUCCCCAGGCGCUCUUGGGGCCGCUUUCUUGGCGCGGGUCGGCCCUGGUGACCGAAACCACGCUCGGGCGCAGCCGCCAACUGCCCAUAGCUACCUUCGCGUUCCUCCUUACACAAGAAGUCCGGGGGAGUCCAGGCAUGCGGGAGAAGCAUGGCCAAGCCGCUAACUCUCACUCCUUUUCUUCCUCUUGGCGGGGUCUCCCAGAACCAGGCAGCGGGCAGGUGUUUGUGACUUCGGAAAACCAGCUGGUGUACUACCCCAGCAUCACCUACGCCAUCAUCGGCAGCUCCGUCAUCUUCGUGCUGGUGGUGGCCCUGCUGGCGCUCGUCCUGCACCACCAGCGGAAGCGGAACAACCUCAUGACGCUGCCCGUGCACCGGCUGCAGCACCCUGUGCUGCUCUCCCGGCUGGUGGUCCUGGACCACCCCCACCACUGCAACGUGACCUACAACGUCAACAAUGGCAUCCAGUACGUGGCCAGCCAGGCCGAGCAGAACGCGUCGGAAGUGGGCUCCCCACCCUCCUACUCAGAGGCACUGCUGGACCAAAGACCCGCGUGGUACGACCUUCCUCCGCCUCCCUACUCUUCGGACACCGAGUCCCUGAACCAAGCCGACCUGCCCCCUUACCGCUCCAGGUCCGGGAGUGCUGAGAGCGCCAGCUCCCAAGCAGCCAGCAGCCUCCUGAGCGUGGAAGACAGCAGCCAUGGCCCGGGGCAGCCUGGCCCUGCAGAGGGUGCUGCUGAGCCCAGGGACUCUGUGCCCAGCCAGGGCGCCGAAGAAGUAUAAAAUCCAGUUAUUCCUGAGUCCAUAUGAGUUAAUCUGCUCUGACUUGUUACCGUCCCACAACUCGUGCUCAUGGGAAGCUCCUCAGGGUGCUGCAAGGAGUGAUUUGGGGUGUCUCUCCACUCUCCUCCUCCCCCAGAUUUCAGGGAUGUUCUUUGGAGGGUGACCUGGCAUUUUGCUGGCCUCUCAGUUGACGUGAUGUAUUGUGCAUCUCUGCUGGGAGAUCAGCCUUCCUUCGGGGCCCAGAUCACAGCCUCACACACCACAUCAUUCUUCUGUUACUGUUGGAAUCUUGCUGAGUAAGCAGCAUAAAUUUGCAGGCAGUGGGAUAAAAAGGUGUUUAAGUGGUCUUAGAGAAAGCAGUGUUUCCGGGCGUUGCUGUAUCUUCAGAGGGGCAGAAGGCACUGUGGGCUGCUACUUUCGGUGAGCUACCUUCUCCCUCCAUUUGGGGGUAGGGGUGGAUGAGCCUGCAGGAGGCAGGCGUGGGCUGGCCACCCUGGAAGGGGUCCGGGUCAGCAUUCAGACCUGCCUGCGCCAGCCUAUCCAUACAUUGCUUUCAGCUCAGCAGAGGCAGCGGCCAAAGAAAACGGUUGACAUGAGUUUGCACCCAUCAGUGCUUGGCAGUGUCAUGAAUGACUGAAACCAUCUACUCUGGAUGGAUUCAAGUUUAAAAUUUUUACCCACAGAUCCUCUUUUUGAGAGCUUUCCUCUGGCGGCAUAUAGCAUCAACCUCAUCCCAGUUCACACAGGGACCCCCCCACUGCAAGUUUACCCGAAUUUUCAGCUCCUGAAGUGCAGGCUGCCAAGUGUCUGGUCUGCUUUGGUGAUUGUUCCCUCCCAGCUGACCUGCCGAAGGCAGAUGAUCCAACUUGAGUUGGCCAAAAAUCUCAUCUGCCCCUUGGUUUCUGGAAUCACACCCAACCUGCCUUGCCUGUUCAUGCAGCUUCAGUGCUGGCCUCCCAGUUUCCCUCAGUACUCAGAAUUCUCUUAUCUGUGCCUUUGGACUUGAGAACACUGUGGUUUCUAACACAUGCGAGAACCAUACUCAUUACCUCCCGCUGCCUGUGCUGCCCACACUCCCCUGCCCAAAACCCACAUACCAGCACUCUCAUUUAGGGUUAGGAUUAGGUUUAGAGUUUCUCCUCAGAGAUGUGGACAAUAGACAACUUAGAGUCAAGAUUUGCCAUUCGGACUUAGUUUUUUUUUAAAUCUCUUAGAAAUGCAUUUAAAACAGUGUGUUUGUUUUUUCCCUUCUAGUUAAGGGACUAUUUAUAUGUGUAUAGGAAAGCUGUCCUCUGUUGUUUUUCCUUUAGUGAGGUCCAAAGAAAGAUGCAAAAGGAGAUCACGCCCGUGUCCCGCUGAGCGCUCAGGACCCGCCACCCAUUGCGGCUGUGUGCCGUUGCACUUUGUGUUAUUAUUUAUGGAGUUCUUGGAAGAUGCAGGAGGGACGUCUUCCCUCUUGGUUCACAGUCUCUGCUUAUGCUAGCCUCCCUCUGUCUGUGUGCCCAGCCAGCCACAGGGCCCCCACCCCCUCGGGAAAUAAUUGGUAGGAACUUAGAUGUUUUGGGGGCUAGAAAUCACCCCAACUCUCUGAGGACAGAACUGGACCCAGACGCAGCCACUGCAGGCAGCUCUCAUCCAUCCAGGGCUUCUUCCCACAGCGGAAGGACUUUUCAGUAAUAACCUCUUUGAAGCUCACUCAAGUGGCACCUGCAAGAGGGGGCGUGAAUGGCAUUCAGUGAUCCUGUUCUGCAGACUUUUUUUUUUUUUAAACGAAUCCAAAGUAUGUUACAGGAAAGUGAGCCACUUGGUGAUUUUUUUUUUUUCAAGUAAAAGAAAAGGAAGCUAGUAACUUGCAUCUUUCACUUUUAAAAUAACACUUGAGUUGAUUGCUGAGUAAUCCAGUAAAGAAGGAACUUUAGAUGGCAGCCAGAGUGGGUUAGAAACUCUAGCUGAACAUUUCAUCUCCUAUGAGUCAGAAUGCCUUUAUUUCUCCCUGCUUCUUUCUGGUGCUGUGAAAGUUGUUUAGAGGGAAGGAGUCUUAUUUUAAUUAAUUGUGCGGUGAAUUAAUCUCACAUGCUUUUCUGCUGCCAGACAUCUUAGAAAAAACAAAUGGUCUUAGUAGAUAAGGAGAGCCUAUUAAUGUUUUUUUAAAACAAACACAGGGACAUUUUUAUUAUAGAUUUGAUUUUUUAAUGAAUGUUUUUUAAAAAAUAUAUAAAUAGGACACCAAAGCUUCAGGGGUUUGUUUUUUGUUUUUCCCCUUCUCAAGAUGACAAAGAAGUGGCCAGCAAUAUUUUUUCACUCAUUCCAGCCAGGAUGUUUUUUUAUACAUAGCCUAAAUUGUAUGCCAACCGGAAAACCAUCUCUUCUCUCUUUCCUCAGAUGAGAUCAGUGAGUCCUUUUUGUGCUAGCAUUAAAAUAAUUUCACUGCAAUCAGUCUCUUAUCACCUACCCAAUUCCCUCUAUUUUGAAGUUGACAUUAUUUUUAAAUUGCAACUAAGUGGUUAAUAAAUAUUGUGUGAUGUUCCAAGCUGAUGUAAACUGGAAAGGUUGUGUGUGGUUGCUUUUUGGUUUUGGUUAGGUUUUGUUUUGUUUUUUUAAUUUUUAUACUUUCAAAUAAACUUGCAAUUUCAUUCUUUCUAUUGGUGUUGGAUGGUUAUUUCUGUCAUAACGUCUGCAAUGAAUGUACAUCAUAAUAAAAGGAGGACAGGAAGGGGCGCACUGAUGAGAGCUCAACAUGAGGAUCCCAAGCUGGUGUGGUUGGAAUAUGGAGGUGAAGUCUGGGACACCCUGUGAUGUCAGUUCAGAAGAUGGAUAUGAAUUGCCACAACAGUGGGCACCCUCUGAUAACUGUCAAGAUACAAAUUCUUGCCCUACAGGAGCUGCCCUACAGCUCCUGGACAGUGCUAUGACCGUCAUUCUUGUUGAACCACAAAUGGCUCAGAUUUGACUCCACCCUUGAUGGGAACAACUUUCUGCUCUUCUAAGUCUCAUUUUGGAACCAUAUGUUGACUGAUGGUGCAGGGACAGUUAUACAGGAAUUCAGGUUGUCUUGGAGGUCACCACCACCAUCAAGUUCCACCCACAGAGUGGAGAAGUUACCUUGGCUUUGGCCAAAGUCCACUGAAUUUCUAAACACAGGAUCUACAGGGCUAAGAUUUAGGUCACAUAUUCAUUCCUGUACAUCUCAGAAAGAAGAAUAAAUAAAUGCCAGGUCUACUCUAGAUGGUCUAGAGUAGACCAUCUCAUGCACUAUGAUCCUAAAGGCUUGUCAAGAUAAACUACUUCCCUCAUCUCUUAAAGAUUACCCUUUUUUAAUGGAUGUCAGAAUGAAGAAAUGCUUAAGAAGCACCAAUCAAAAGCAAAGAUCAUUAAAUGUUUUGUGUAA